GCGGGGGAAGGUUGCACAAUCUUGGGCGGGUGGGCCAGGAAGGAGGCUGCUUUUGGAAGCAUCGGGCGCCGUAGCCUUCUGGAAUGAGACGGGAGUGAGUGAGCGAGCGAGCGAGCGAGUCAGUCGGCGUGAGAGUGCGCGUGCCUGUGUGGAGAGUCAUGGGGCGACGGCGUGGACUGUCAGGGCGCGGCGCCCUGCUGAUGAUGAACCUGCUGCUGUGGUCAUUCGUGAUGAGUGAGACGAAGGGAGACAACCUGCGACUCCGCGUCUCCUACAAAGAAGCGAGGCUGUCGGGCCGCGUGGCCUCGUUCCGGGGACACGGCGGCUCCGGCCUGGACCUGAGCACCGCGCUGCUGGACGAGUACCACGAGCGGCUGUUCGUCGGCGCGCGAGACCGCGUCUACUCGCUGGCGCUGGACGGCACGCACAGCGACUACCGAGAGAUUUCAUGGCCCUGCACUGGCGAACAGAGAGAAGACUGCGAGCUGAAGGGGAAAGACGUGCACGAGGAGUGCUCCAACUUUGUGCGAGUUCUGCAGCCCUUCAACCAGACGCACCUGCUGGCUUGCGGCACGGGGGCCUUCCACCCGUCGUGCGCCCUCGUCAACGUAGGUCGCAAGGCCGAGGACCACACAUUCAAGCUGGAGCCACAGAGCAUUGAGAAUGGACAAGGAAGGUGCCCCUUUGGCCCCAAGGAGCCAUUUGCGUCCACAGUAGUCGACGGACAGCUGUACACGGGAUUACUGGCCGACUUCUUUGAGGAAGACGCCGCGAUCUUUCGCACGGGCACCCCUCAGCAUCGAGCGAUCAGGACGGAGCACUCCAACCCGCAAGUUCUCAAUGAGCCUCGGUUUGUGGCAGCGCACCUGAUCCCAGACACGGACGACCCGCUCGACAACAAGGUCUACUUCUUCUUCUCGGAGCGGGCCACCGAGGCCGAUGGCAGGAGCCGGGCGAGGUUUUCGCGCGUGGGCCGCGUUUGCGCGAACGAUGAGGGUGGGCAGAGAGUGUUGGUCAACAAGUGGAGCACUUUCACGAAGGCCAGGCUCCUGUGCUCCAUCCCAGGCUCUGACGGCAUCGACACGCACUUCGAUCAGCUGGAGGAUGUAUUCUUACUUCAAACCAGUGAUGAAAAAAAUCCCGAAGUUUAUGCCAUUUUUAGCACGGUCAGUGACAUCUUCAAGGGCUUCGCUGUGUGCGCAUACUCCAUGGCCGCGAUCCGAGACGUCUUCAAGGGGGCCUUUGCUCACCGAGAGGGACCCAGGCACCACUGGGCAACGUUUCAGGGCAGGGUGCCUUACCCGCGGCCUGGCACGUGCCUCAGCGACCUGACGGCCCCGCCGGGCUCGACAUACCACAGCACGCGUGGCCUGCCCGACGAGGUCCUGCACUUCGCGCGGUCCCACCCCCUCAUGGACCAGCCCGCGCGGCCCCGCCACGGCCGCCCCGUGUUCGUGAGCACGCAGCCCGGGCGCCGGCUCACCCGCAUCGCCGUCGACCGCGUCCAGGCGCAGGACGCCGCCUACGACGCCAUCUUCCUCGGCACAGACACAGGGCAAGUGCUUAAAGUCAUAUCGAUAUCCACAAGCCAGGAUUUUCCACCGGAAGAAAUCAUUUUGGAGGAAAUUCAAGUAUUUGAGAAACCUUCGCCAAUUCUUACCAUGGACCUCUCUGUUAAAAGGGGCAAGCUGUACGUGGGCACGCGGGAGGCCGCGGCGCAGGUGUCCCUGCAGCAGUGCGAGCUGUACGGCGCUACGUGCGCCGAGUGCUGCCUGGCACGAGACCCCUACUGCGCGUGGGAUGGACAUUCCUGCACCAAGUACCGGCACCCGGGCAAACGGAGCGUCGACAAUUGGGUGCAGCCAGGCCGGAAAUCGAGGGGCGUUCCUACGGCAGGACAGAACUACCCAGAGUCCAGGGUCACCAGGAGGAUGAGGCGGCAGGAUAUCAGGAAAGGAGACGCUACCCAUCAGUGCUGGGAUCAGCAAUCUCGAGCGGAGCCGUCCGAGGCCGUGGAGGUGGUGUACGGUGUGGAGAGGAACGCCUCGCUGCUCGAGUGCCGCCCCCCGUCCCUGCGGGCUUCCAUCACGUGGCUGGUGCAGCACGCCGGCAGCGAGCAGCGCGAGCAGGUGAAGACAGACGAGCGGGUCCUGAAGCUGGAGCAAGGCCUCCUGUUCCGCACGCUGCACGCGCUGGACAGCGGCUCGUACACCUGCCGCACGGACGAUCUCGGCUACCAGAGGGCCCUGCUGCGCGUGGAGCUUCGCGUGCUCACCGCCGAGCGGGUGGGGCGAGCGCUCCUCGCCGGCGGCAGGCCCUCCGCCGCGGCGACGGCCGGGUCCGCCGAGGAGCGCUCCCCGGGCAGGGCGGGCGCCGCCACUGGCGAAGGUCACGACUCGACCGACGACCGACAGCGCCGCUGGGAGCCGUGCGACGAGAUGGACACCGGGGGCGGCCGCGACGUGCCCAAGCUUUGGUACGGCGACCUGCAGGCCAUGUUUGGCCGCGGUGGACCGUCGCGCCAGGCCGAGGAAUUCUGCCAGAGGCUGUGGUGCCAGCGGUGGGGCCACGGGAAGCACAAGACCCACGUGGGCAAGUGGCGGCCUCUCCAGGACAGCGUGCACAGCAAGAGCAACAGAAUUCCGCGCAGCGUCUGAGCAGGCGCCGGCGAGCGGCCACAGGGCCCCGGUGGGGUAUUGGAGUGUGGGAGCCGUCGAUGCUUCCCCCGUCUUGCAUGAAACAAACGGAUUCCAAUUUUCUGUAUUAAUAUACUUCACAGUGGAACUCUUUUUCGACAGUGAUGUGUUUUGGGGAUGCUUUCGACAGGUCUAAAUCGUCUUCAACUACCCAGGAAGGUAAAUGCUCCUGAAAAUGCAGAAAUUAAUCAUGGUGGUAGCGGCAAAGGAUCAUGAUCAUCUUUAACACCGUAUUCAUACUUUGUCAUCAUCAAUCCAUUAUCAUAAAUAUGGUGAGGUUAGUGCCCGCAUGAAUGGCUGCCACUGCAUGACUCGUUUUGUGAACAUCCACUUCCUGGUAACUCCUCUAACCUGCGGAUACUCGAUAACACAAACACUAGAGCUGUGGAUAAUACGAAUCUCUGCGGAUGAGAUCCAGUAGGAAGAGUGGAUAAGAGUGGUGAAUGAGAGGUGUUUUACUGUCUAUGCUUUGGAGUUGAAUUUGGUAAAGAUGUACAUCUUACGUAACAGCAUUUUUGAUAGCUUGAUCCGAAUGUGCUUAGAUGUGUGAAUUUUAUUUUGUUCUCUUUGGAAAACUAUACUUUGUUCCUGGCAUCUCAACUGCUUCUGAAAUGCUGUCAUUAUUGCAAAACGUUGAUGCUAUUGCACGAGCAAUCCUCAUAACCAUGGCGUUACCCAUCUUCGGCAUCUAUUGUCUGCAUUUAAUGGACUUGGAUAACCGCUCAGUGGUGGUGGUGGCACACGGCUGUCAUAGAGUACUGCGGUAGCCAGGGUUGGUGGAUCACACGAACGUAGUGAAACUCCCAUCCCGUGGAAUUCGAGGUUGCCAAUACCCUGACUUGCCUAGAGAAUACUGCACAGCAAGGGGACGAAUCUCCAUCUGUUCCAUCUAUAUGUGAUAGAACGUUGCCUCCCUCAUACACGUGGGGGUUUUUUGUUUUGUUUUGCCGGGUGCUCCGGUUUCCUCUCACAUGCGUGAACACUCAUUAAUUGACUGAUAACACUUUAAUAUGCAGAGGACCGCAGAGCUUGGGGGAGAUUUUUGCUGCCUUUCCCACUUGUAAGUGGUUAUUCACGCCUCUUGAGUCUUUCUGUCUAUGUGUGUUACAAGUUGAAAUUAUUGUUAUAGCUUACCUCACUACAAUGCCAAAUUUAGAUUUAUUUUACGUACAUUACGCGUGCAAUGAUGAGUAAGUUAUGUCAAGGCUGAUUUAUGUCUACAACAUGCAAUUCUAGAGGUGAGUCAUAAAUAAUACGAGCUUGUCCAUACAAAGAACAAUGUUUAAGCCAUUUUAUGUACAUAUUAUAUUUUCUAAGUCGAUUUUCACAUUGUGGUUUAGGUUUGCAGUAUACAUUUACACUUUACGUAUUUGAAGAUGUUUUUGCUCAUAAGAUAAAGAAAUAAUGUUCACAACUGCAUCGUGGUAGUAAUGAUUUUAACGUUUUUAAGCUCUUUAUCAACCUACGCUGAUCAGCGUGAAGUAUGUAUGUUGAACUUCUUUUGCGCCGUACGUAACCAAGCGUGCCAAUCGGACGUGCGUCGAUGGGCAAAAAACUAAACACAAACAGCAGUUGUAAAGGAAGGAGUUUCCAAUCGAGUUUGUAUGUAUGUUGAAGUAUGGUCUAACAACCCCCAUAAGCGGCGUGGGGAGGCCUUCAUCCAGCAUUUAAUUGGCAUGGGUAAACUACCGUGGGAGUCCAGUGUAUAUCAGCCCUUUUGCAAUUUUGCAUUGGCGGCAAUCAUGUCCUGGUCCCUGAGGCCAGCAUGAGGACAUCGUGUCUCAGCGCCCAUCAUCUCGGCAUUAGCGGCGUGUGACCUCAGGCUGAGGACUUUACAUCGAGGCAGCCGCCUUGACAGUUGCCUCGGUCAAGAGGAUCCCGCCUUGACCGGCCCGAACAGCGGCCUUUGACCUAGAAGGCUUUCCGGCCUAGGUGUCAGCUUUGGUCCUGCGGCUGCCAGCCGAGACCUCAGGCCUCGUGGCUCUCGUAGGGUCUCAAAAUCCUUGAAUCCUGGCCUGGAGGCACGCGGCCCCAGGAGAGCACAAGCGCGUCCAGAGGUGUUGUGCUUUUCGUUAAAAAAGUAUUUAUUGUCAAAAAACUGUGUCAUUGAAGGACGCUUUAAAAAAAAAAACUGGCAUCAGUAACAAACAGUUCCCGGGUCAGACGUUGUGAAGAAAUAUUACAAUGCCGUUAAAAAAGGGUUUCUUUUCUUUAAAACACACUCCCAACAAUUACCGUCAUACAUUGCUAAUUUACGAAUAUUACGUUUGUGUAUAUAUUAAGUAUUAUCAAUAUAUAAUUCUAUGAUUUGCCUACCAUUACACUGCAUUCAAAUAAAAAGUACAAAAUCAGUUGCUGUAUUAAAAAAAGGUAACAAUCAACAGGAGUAAGAUAUUUGCUGCACGUUGCAACUAAGACACGCACACAUUCACUUUGAAGGAAAAGUUUUGAAGGCACUCGAUGCUAUUUAUUACAACAUGCGAUUGCCGAAGGCUAUUAUACGAGAACGAACCCUUUUAUGCUCUUAUAAACCACUCGAUUUCCAUCGAAAACAAUAAAUGCUCUUCGUCAGUGCAUCUCUAUGGCGUGUGCUGCUUGA